AUGAUAGAAGAUGUUCCUCGUGGUUUUACAACCAACCAGAUUCACUACCUUCCACACCAUUCAGUACUCAAACCUACUGCUACUACCACGAAGCUGAGGGUAGUGAAUGAUGCGUCCGCAAAAUGUUCCGAAAAACUCGCCAGUCUCAACGACUGCUUGCACGCUGGUCCCAAUCUUGUUCCAGAUCUUUGCGGUAUUCUUCUUCGUUUUCGUCUUUCUCCGGUAGCCAUAAGUGGUGACGUAGAAAAGGCCUUUCUGCAGAUUGGUCUGCACUCACAUGAUCGUGACGUGACCCGCUUCCUAUGGCUGCACGAUGCAUCCAGCUCAGCUACUCAAGACAACAUACGGCAACUUCGUUUCUGUCGUGUUCCGUUUGGCGUUGUCAGCAGUCCAUAUCUCUUGGCUGCCACUAUUCAGCAUCAUCUCAGCGCUGCUGAUACAACCGAUUCCGACCUAGUGUCUCGCAAUAUUUACGGUGACAACCUGUUCCUUGGUGCCAACUCUGGGACGGAGGCGAUUGCUAUCUAUGAUGCCACGAAGCGCCUCUUCAGUGUCGCGUCUAUGAAUGUUCGUGAGUGGUCUAGUAAUUCUGCAGAGUUUCUUAGCAGCAUUCCAGAACCAGACCGAGCCAAGGGUACUAUCCAUAAGUGCAUCGGUAUGCUGUGGGAUACAGAACAUGAUACUCUACAUAUUGCACCUGUCAGUGACGUAUCCAGGUCGGCCACAACGAAGCGGAGUAUCCUUCGACAUACUGCCCAAUUCUUUGACCCCCUUGGUCUCCAGUCUCCUGUUCUUGUUGGUGCGAAGAUUCUGCUUCAGGAUCUUUGGAAGCUGAACGUCGGCUGGGACGACGACCUUCCACAAGACAUCAUUUGUAGAUGGUGUGAUAUUGCGGCUCAACUUGAACCCAGCGACGCUCAGUUUUCUCUCCAUGUCUUCAGCGACGCAUCUGGGCUGGCUUACGGUGCCGUUGCUUACCUUACUACUACGUUUGACGAUCAACACACGUCGAACCUUCUAAUCAGCAAGUCCCGUGUUGCACCUGUUACUUCACCUACCAUUCCACGUCUGGAAUUAAUGGCCGCGCUUCUCGGUGUUCGUCUGAUCCAAUUCGUCCGUCGGGAACUUCCGCUAACUUUUUCCUCUACCUUUCUAUGGUCAGACUCCACCACAGUUCUCCAUUGGCUGGCCUCUUCUGACAAACUACCUGUCUUCGUCAACAACCAUAUUGAUGCCAUUCGUGCGGUUCCCGAUGUUGUCUAUUGCUAUGUCCGCUCUGCCGACAAUCCCGCCGACUUGCCUUCACGCGGCGUCUCUGUUCCUUCCCUUCAAGCCAGCUCGCUAUGGUGGCACGGUCCACACUUCCUUGCCACUGCUGACCAUCACGCCGAGCCAGCACUUGAUCACCAUGUCAACGUUGCCGCUGGGGAGGGUCCUACAAGCCCUUCGGAGAUACCUGCACCUGUAUCACACCCAACAGAGUUGAGACCACAAGGCGGCAAGUCCUUCGGGGUGGAUUCUAGUUGUAACUCAGAGGUCAAGGUAGCCAAAAUCAUAUGGCUACACCAUGCACAACAGAAUCUGUCAGACGUCAGUGCUGUCGAAAAUUGUGAGAAGCACAGCCCGAAGGACAAGCUGCGGCUCUUCCUCGAUGAGAACCGCCUCAUCAGAUGCAGAGGACGCUUGGAGAACGCCGAACUUUGCUAUCAAGCAAAGUAUCCAGUACUGAUUCCCCAAACGCAUCCCAUCACCCUGCUCAUCAUCAACGAUUGUCACCUGAUGACGAUGCAUGGCGGCGUUGCACACACGCUAUCAAGACUGCGUUACGAGUACUGGUUACCACGAGGGCGUGCAACAGUGAAGUCAUUCAUCACUAAGUGCCUGACUUGCCGGAAGCACCACGGUGGUCCAUACCGCACCGCAGAUAUGGCCCCGCUUCCAUCUGCCCGCGCAACAAGAUCUAUCCCGUUCACCCAUGUGGGACUAGAUUACUUCGGUCCUCUGCUCGUCAAGCACCAGCCAAGUACCAAGAAGGUAUGGGUCCUCCUAGUGACAUGUAUGGCAACUAGAGCUGUCCAUCUAGAACUGGUGGCAGACAUGACCACAGAGGAAUUCCUGCUAGCGUUCCGCAGGUUCGUGUCGUUGCGUGGUUGCCCUGAAGAGGUAAUGUCUGACAACGCGCCACAAUUCAUCCUAGCUAAGUCUGUUCUGGAUGUGGCCUUUGAAGAAAUGGCAACGAGUGAUGAUGUCCUGUCGUACAUGUCGAGGACUGGUGUGAACAUGGUGAAGUGGCACUGUAACCCACCGAUCUCACCUUGGAUGGGUGGUUUCUACGAGCGUCUCGUUGGAACAGUCAAACGAAGCCUGAAGAAGGUCGUUGGCCGGGCGCUCCUCACUGUGUCGCAACUGACUACCAUUCUCAUGGAAGUGUCAGCAGUCGUCAACUCGCGUCCACUGGUGUACGUGGACAAUGACUUGCAGGAGAUACUCACCCCAAGUCAUUUUCUGUGCCUGUCUGCAACUACUGGUGGCGUGCAACCCACUGCUGAUGACGACGAUCCGGACCACAUCGAAGUUUUGACUGCAGCUCAGAAUUUUCUCUCUGUCUGGAAGAAGGGUCAACGAACAUUGGACCAGUUCUGGCGUGUCUGGCGAGACGACUACUUGGUUGAUCUCCGCAACAGUCACACUCGGAAGCUCCGGCAGGCACGCGUUGCCGCUUCAGAACAGCCAGCCGUUGACGAUGUUGUACUAAUAAGGGAUGACAUGCCCCGUGGCUCAUGGCGACUUGGUCGCAUUGUCGCUCUCCAUACAAGCAAGGACAUGGAGAUACGUUCCGCAACCGUCAUCACUGCAGAGAAGACAGAGCUCAAGCGACCCCUGUCUCUCCUGUACCCUAUCUGUCCUGCUGCUAACUCUGAGGCUAACAACAACAGCACCGCUCCGGACACACACACACCACUGGCCAAGCCGAUCUGCCAGUUCCAGCAGCUGUUGCUCCACCCAGUCGUCCACAACGUGCUGCCGCUAUGA